CAUGAUACUGCGACCUGCGACCUGCGACACGCGAGAAAUUUGAAAUUUGAAGAAGCCACCCAGCAGUCUGCCGACCUUCUCUAGCUCUUAGCUCUAGACGGAAGACUCUCGAAGUCUCGAGACUCUCGAGAAGGAGAAGCUGGAGAAGCAGAGCAAGCAGGAAGCAGGACGUUGCUGCGUUGACGACGGAGAACGAGGAACCGACACCGCCGAUUGAUUGACGUCGAAGUGGUACCUCAUUGCCCACGGCUAGAUUCGCUUGUCGUGCACUCGGACGAGAACUUGAAAGAUCAGAACCAGAAUUCCAUCAAAUUCGAGGAAGAGGACAAGGAUCUGUUUUACGUCGGUCCGGUCGAGCGUUAGGCACGCAGGAUCCGUAUGGACAACGCGUGCUGCAAAUCGCGUCGAUCCUACGAAACCUCAGCUUCACGCCGGAGAACCGGGAGAACGCGACGAUAUUAGGCAGAAACCGGUGUUUCCUGCGAUUCGUGCUGCUGUGCGUGAGAGCGAGGUGGAACAAUCUGCACAAAUCUGCAUCAGCUCGUCUUCGACAUACUAGGGAACAUUGCGAACGAAGUUAUUUUAAAGGAGGCCGGAGAGGAUAACAGACGUCGUCUUAACGUGCGUGGCCAAGGGGAUCGAAUCCUAGGACAGGUUUAUCGUUAUAUCCUGCCUGGAGGUGCUCAACAAGAUCAGUCAGCAAGACAGUAACGAAGAAAUUGUCACAUUUGGCCUGGCAGAUAAUGUUUAUGAACUCAUAUGCAGAUUUCUAGCUAUAAGUGACGUAGCCCUCUUAGUGUAUAGUCUGGAAUGUCUGUACGCUUUAACGUCACUGGGUGCGUUAACCGAAAGUUACGAGUAUUACGACUGUUCGGACUGUUAUGAGUUACGAGAAUUGUGGCCGGAUUGUUAAAUAAGAAGAAGACGCAGAUACAUCGCAAAACGGUCGCCAAUCGGGAAUUACGGGUAGAAUUAUUCCGUUGCAACGAGGAACUGACGAGUGUUGCUGCUGCAUACAAAAGUUUUUCCACCUCUAUUUUGUGGAUAGACAUAUACACGAAAAUGUAUGAAGACGAAGGCUCGGACGAAGAUCCUAAAUAUACGAUUUAUUUUCGUAUUAACGAACAGCCUUCCUUCGCUGAAAGAGGAUUGACCAGAAAUAAAUAUCUUAAUUUGAAAUAUAAUGACAAAGAGACUUGGGAGUUUAUCCAAGAAAUGUACUAUCUAAAAGUUAAAGAGUGGAACCCUGCUGUCGAUGUUUUGUACCGAUCGAUUGACGAUAUUGAUUACACACCAUUGCCAACGCAACCACAUGCUGGGAACAAGAGUCCCCUGGUUUCUCAUGCAUGUGACACAGAAUCAGUGACGUCAUGCAAUGCAGUAAACUCUCAUCACGAAGUACAUCAAGUACAUGAUAUAUCAGCAGCAGGUCCAUCUUCCAAGUCCAACAACGAAUGUUCUAAUGCCAAUGUCGUGAAUUCUAAAAGUCUUGAGAAUGAAACGGAAUUAGUUGUGGAGAGGAAUAAUUCAAGUAUCAGGAAAAAAAGUUCUGUAUGGGCCUAUUUUAAAGACAAGGAUGAUAAAGGUGCUGUAUGCAUCAUUUGCAAUGUUAAAGUUAAGCAUUGUGGUGGGACAACGAAUUUAAAAUCACAUUUGUCCAGAAAUCAUCGAUUAUUGUGCUCUGAUAUAUUAAAGCAAAACAGAGAUACUACAUCUGAAUCUAGUAGUGAAUCGACAGCUAGAGAUGAAGAUGAUCCGCCGCUUAGACGAAUAAAAUUGGCAUCAAAGAAGAGCAAGUUACCUCGAAUCGACGAAGCCUUUGAGAGGGCAAAUUCUUUCGCAGAAGGAGGAGCACGGUCUGACAAAAUUACUGCAGCACUAAUGUUUAUGAUCGCCAAAGACAAAGAACCACUAUCCAUAGUUAAUAAAGAAGGUUUCAAGGUUUUGAUGAAAACAGUAGCUCCACUUUAUCGUAUACCUGAUCAAAAGACUCUAACUAAAUUAAUGGAUAAUCGCUAUGUUGAAGCAAAAGAAUGUUAAUCCACUCUUGAAAAAGCUUUGUCCUAUACUUUAACAUGUGAUAAUUGGACAGACUGUACUUUCCAAAGCUAUCUGGGUGUCACCAUUUAUUACCUGUCUGAAGAUCUUGUAAUGAAAAAUGGAUUGGGAGUCUUUCCGCUGCAUACAAAUCAUACAGCAGAGUACCUCACAGAGUGUCUCAAUUCUGUCAUUGAUGAUUUUAAAUUAGAUCGAAAAAAAAUUAUGGCAAUCACCAGUGAUGGAGCAGCAAAUAUUAAAGCUGCUGUACAUAAUGUUGUAGGCUCUGAAAGACAUAUCUGGUGUUUUGCUCAUUUUUUGUCUCAUCUUGUACCUAAAAUAUUAAAGGAUAUGCCAGAGAUCAACAAUAUUAUUGCUACAGUAAAGAAAAUUGUCGUGCUUAUCAGAAGAAGUGUUGUGGCUACAGAUGAGUUAAAACGGUUACAAAUACUUGAUGGAAAGACAGAGGGAACCGUCUUGAAAUUUAUUCUUGAUGUUCCGACUCGCUGGAAUUCCACUCUUUACAUGUUAGAGAGAUUUCUCGCUCUGGAGCAGUACGUUUAUGCAGUUACUUUGAGAUGCAAAAGAUCAGACAUUCCAGAUAUGUUAACUCAUAGCCAAAUUGAAGUCCUACAGGAAGUUGUGUCUCUCAUGAAACCAAUUGAAUAUGUCAUUAAGGAAAUCAGUGGCAGCAAAUAUCCUACUUGCAGUACUAUUAUACCAAUCAUUCACUGUAUGACACUAUCAAUUGAACAAGUUAAACCUUCAACAAACAACGGAAGUUUUUUUCAGAAAAAGCUCCUUGAAUCGAUUCAAGAUAAAUUUAAAAAUGUUGAAAAUAAUAUGAUUCUCGCGGUCCCUACAAUACUUGAUCCACGAUUCAAACGAAUCGAUUUUCAAAAUGCCCGUGCAGCAGCUGCUGCUGUGGAACGAAUCAAUAAAGAAAUGAAAUUGAUUGGUGGGAAAAAAAUUCAAGAAAAAAGAUCUGCAGUUCAACAAGACUCUAAUGAAACUAUUUGGAAGGCUCAUGACGAUAUGGUGGCAAAGAGUACUGAUGAGAGUACGGAAGAUGAACAUCUUGCCCAUGAAUUAAGACAAUAUUUAAAGCAAUCGGUAAUUGCUCGACAUUACGAUCCAUUUCAACAUUGGAAAUCCUUACAGAAUUCGUUUCCAACGCUGUACGAACUGGCAAUUCGAUACAUCAGUAUUAUUAGUACCUCUGUACCAUCAGAAAGGAAAUUUUCCGAGGCUGGUGACAUCAAGAGCAAUGAGAGAAAUCGAUUAACGGGACCACUUUCAUUUACAAACGGCAGUCUCAAAUCUACUACUACAAAUUCAAAUUAUCUGAAGAAAUAUAUGGUAAGAUUGGUAAGAAAAUGAUAGAACAAUAGACAAAUAACAAAAAAAAUUUCUAAAAUAUUUAAAAUUGUUUAGCGAUAAAAAUAAA